AUGUCGUCUUAUAGUGAUGCCAACGCCUCGUCUUCCGAGAAGACCCUUGAGGAGAACGCCUCUCCAGCCCCCAGCCGCCGCCCCUUGUCGGAAAUCAGCGCCAACGCCCGCAAGCCCAAUCGGGAAAUUGGCCAGCUCAAGCGCCGCGCCGAUAACACCGAUGCAACGCCGCCGAAGCGUCGCAACGGAACCGCCGUGCCCGCCACCUCCGCCGAGUCUUCCAGUGCCGUUGCGGUCGCCGUUGAGGUUGCCCCUGAUACUGGCGAUGGGGUAGUCAUUGAGACUGCCGUCGAGGAGGCCGUGGAUGGCUCAGUCACCUUGGUCGUUGAUAGCAACGAAGGCGACCGGACCAUCGUCCAGAAGCCCUUUCAGGACAGUAACGGCCACUGGAGAGUCGGCCCGCAGCCACGGGCUGCACAUUCUGAUCGUGUUACGUCUUGGCCGAUGAAGUGGGCACUGCUUUUGGUCAAAGAAACUGUCCAGAGGAAUUCCCGCAACGCCGACGCCAAGGUCCCUGGCGUCACCGAAGACGAGCUCGCAGAGAACAAGAAGAUGCUGCAAGAGAGCUUGAAAGAUCGGUUCGUAUAG